GGCCUGGGAAGGGGCGAAGAAGGAACCUGAGCAGGAAGAGCGGCUGCGAGGCGGCGGCGCAGAGGCAGCGGCUGAGUUGGUCGCGGCGACGGCGACGGCGAGGGCUCUCGACCUUCGAGAGCAGGAUGCAGGUCCGCGUCAGACUGUUGUUGCUGCUCUGCGCGGUGCUCCUGGGCUCGGCCGCCGCGUCCUCAGAUGAGGAAACUAACCAGGAUGAAUCCUUAGAUUCCAAGAGGUCUUUGCCCACAGAUGAGUCGGUGAAGGACCACACCACUGGCAAAGUAGUUGCUGGCCAGAUAUUUGUUGAUUCUGAGGACUCAGAGGUGGAAUCCCUUCUUCAGGACGAGGAAGAGAGCUCCAAGAGCCAGGAGGAAGUCAGUGUCACGGAAGAGAUCAGCUUUUUAGACUCUCCAAAUCCAAGCAGCAAGACCUACGAAGAACUAAAGAGAGUGCGGAAGCCAGUUUUGACUGCCAUUGAAGGUACGGCGCACGGGGAGCCCUGCCACUUCCCUUUCCUUUUCCUGGAUAAGGAAUAUGAUGAGUGCACCUCAGACGGGAGGGAAGAUGGCAGACUGUGGUGUGCCACAACCUAUGACUACAAGACAGAUGAGAAGUGGGGCUUCUGCGAAACCGAAGAAGAUGCUGCCAGAAGGCGACAGAUGCAGGAAGCAGAAGCCAUCUAUCAGAGCGGGAUGAAGAUCCUGAACGGCAGCACCAGGAAGAACCAAAAGAGAGAAGCAUAUCGGUACCUUCAGAAGGCAGCAGGCAUGAAUCACACCAAAGCCCUGGAGAGAGUGUCCUAUGCUCUCUUGUUUGGUGAUUACCUCACACAGAAUAUCCAGGCAGCUAAAGAGAUGUUUGAGAAACUGACUGAGGAAGGGUCUCCCAAAGGACAAACUGGUCUUGGCUUUCUCUACGCUUCUGGACUUGGUGUUAAUUCAAGUCAGGCGAAGGCUCUUGUGUAUUAUACUUUUGGAGCUCUUGGAGGCAACCUGAUAGCGCAUAUGGUUUUGGGUUACCGCUACUGGGCUGGCAUCGGAGUCCUCCAGAGUUGCGAGUCGGCACUGACCCAUUAUCGUCUUGUUGCCAAUCAUGUCGCUAGUGAUAUCUCCCUAACUGGAGGCUCUGUAGUCCAGAGAAUACGGCUGCCUGAUGAAGUGGAAAACCCGGGGAUGAACAGUGGGAUGCUGGAAGAAGAUCUGAUUCAGUAUUACCAGUUCCUAGCUGAGAAGGGCGACGUCCAAGCACAGGUUGGUCUGGGACAGCUGCAUCUGCAUGGAGGGCGUGGAGUAGAACAGAAUCACCAGAGAGCAUUUGACUACUUCAACUUAGCAGCAAAUGCUGGCAAUUCACAUGCUAUGGCCUUCCUGGGAAAGAUGUAUUCUGAGGGAAGUGACAUCGUGCCCCAGAGUAACGAGACGGCACUUCACUACUUCAAGAAAGCUGCUGACAUGGGCAACCCGGUGGGACAGAGUGGACUUGGAAUGGCCUACCUCUAUGGAAGAGGAGUUCAAGUUAAUUAUGACCUGGCACUCAAGUAUUUCCAGAAAGCUGCUGAGCAAGGCUGGGUGGACGGGCAGCUGCAGCUUGGCUCUAUGUACUACAAUGGCAUUGGAGUCAAGAGAGAUUAUAAACAGGCCUUGAAGUAUUUUAAUUUAGCUUCUCAGGGAGGCCAUAUCUUGGCUUUCUAUAACCUAGCGCAGAUGCACGCCAGCGGCACAGGGGUGAUGAGAUCCUGCCACACUGCAGUGGAGUUGUUUAAGAACGUGUGUGAGCGCGGUCGCUGGUCAGAGAGGCUGAUGACUGCCUACAACAGCUAUAAAGACGAGGACUACAAUGCCGCCGUGGUCCAGUACCUCCUGCUGGCGGAGCAGGGCUACGAGGUGGCGCAGAGCAACGCAGCCUUCAUCCUCGACCAGAGAGAAGCAACCAUUGUAGGUGAGAAUGAAACUUACCCCAGAGCUUUGCUGCAUUGGAAUAGGGCCGCCUCCCAAGGUUAUACUGUGGCUAGAAUUAAACUUGGAGACUACCAUUUCUAUGGCUUUGGCACUGACGUGGAUUACGAGACUGCGUUUAUUCAUUACCGCCUGGCCUCAGAGCAACAGCACAGUGCCCAAGCUAUGUUUAACCUGGGGUACAUGCAUGAGAAGGGCCUAGGCAUUAAACAGGAUAUCCACCUGGCAAAACGCUUUUAUGACAUGGCAGCCGAAGCCAGCCCAGAUGCACAAGUACCUGUGUUCCUCGCACUCUGCAAAUUAGGUGUCGUCUAUUUCUUACAGUACAUACGGGAAGCAAACAUUCGAGAUCUAUUCACACAACUGGAUAUGGACCAGCUCUUGGGACCUGAGUGGGAUCUUUACCUCAUGACCAUCAUUGCUCUGCUGUUGGGUACAGUCAUAGCCUACAGGCAGCGACAGCACCAGGACAUACCAGUUCCCAGGCCCCCAGGGCCACGGCCAGCUCCUCCCCAGCAGGAAGGACCCCCAGAGCAGCAGCCACCACAGUAGCAGCCACCCUCGCCUGGGUCCGUGACCACUAAGGAGCUGCUCGCUGAGAACACUCGCAUUUGAUGUAGGGCUCUGGAUGGUGGCCACCACCUGGAAGAGGCGUGAGGAAGUGUUGAAUCCCAGAAGCUGCUUAAAACCUGCUGCCUUCCUUUUCAGGGACGAGUAGCUCUCACCAGAGCUACAGCGAAUGUCUGUCUCAGUGCCAUAUGGAAUGACAUCUCUCAGUGGCUUUCCUUUCCCUUCUUUUUCUCUCUUCGUUCUGCAAACAUACACAAGACACUCAAGUCAUGUCUACUGUGCCCACUGUCUUUCCUGAGAGACCUUUGGUCAUCCUGUUGAUGUGCAUAACUUCUUACAUCCAUGUCUUUUAAGGUCCUGUGCAUUGACAACCUGGGAAAACCCAGUUAGUUGCAAGUUUAACCCUAAAAACAUGCUUAAGUCUGAGAAUAGAACUUGCCUUUAAGUCAAAAGCAAAACAAGCCAAGCAGGAUGUCUUCAGGGUGUUUGGGAAAUCCUACCAGUCUACAUGCGCAUUCCUAUAUUUGGCACUCUUGUUCUAAAAGGGAUUAUCGAUUCCUGCACUGUGGCUGUGACAGGUCAUGGCAGACUUCUCUUCCUCGAAGACUGAAAGGCUUUACUAAAGAAGUCUUUGUGGCCAUCACUUCCUUGCAGUGGAACAGAAGUAAAACUCAAUGAACUGACUCCUUACUCUUACGUUGGACUUUACCCCAAGUACUCGUGUGAUUUGCUUGUUGGUUUGAGUGUACAGAGCCCUAGUCCAGACACCAGAGGAUGGACUAACUGGAGAAAUCAGAAAACAGCCUUAACCGACUUGAGGUGGGAUCUGAGACGCGCCCUCCCUCGGGUUGAUGCGAUGCUUCCCAGGUUUCGUUGUACUUUGCAUUUCUUAUGGCACAGGAACAGACAGCCCUCCGAAAUCUUCAAAUACGAAAUUCUGUUGUCGGGAUAUGGGAGGAGGUGACUUCCUUUGUAAUUCUAAAACUCAGAUGAUUGAGGAUGGCUUAGACCCAGUGCAUGGCAAAAACAAAGGCCUGGGUGUACCGCUGUGUGUGCUGUGGUAGCUUUUCGUUUCUGACGUUUCCUGUGGCUGUAGAACGUCAGCCACUGCUCAGCGGUCAUGCUGCCGCCCUUCUGUUGUAAACGCUAGGAAACUGACGCUGUUACAGUGAGCGAGCAGCCAACAUUGAGAGCUUCACACGCUCACCCGUGUGAAAGGACUGACCCAAGCCCAGCCCCCCACGGGGCUCAGGCCGGCCUGCUCACUGUCACCUUGACCUUGUUUUCCGUAAUCCCUGUCUGCAGCGCAACUGGAGUUUAUCACUUGUGGACUUUGGAAAGCUUUGAGUUUGAAUGUUGGGGUUGUAAUCAGAAUUCAAUCUAGUUCCUCUAUAACGAACAUGAAGGCUUUAAAUGUGAAGUUGUGUACGUUCGUGUGUGCUCACAGUAUUAUAGGAAACCCAGUAAGCAAAUUUUCCUCGAAGAUAUUUGCCUCCAAAUUUGAAGACGUGGCCACAGAGGGGCCAUGUACACAAAAGCAGAUCUUUGAGAGGCAGCCACCAUUUCUCUCUUUGGGCAGCACUGGUAAAUAGUGAGGCUCGUUUGGUGUCCUGUGCUUGGAGAUUAGAUUGUGAGUGGUACAGUAAGCAGGGUCCUUUACUGCUGCUCCUCUCCCAGCCCCACCCUCAGCCCAGCAAGUGAACUCUAUGGUCCCAGCGCUGUUUAGAAGGCAGGUCUUACAUUAUUACAGGAACUGGGCGCAGUGGUCUGUCCCUGUAGUCCCCUGUCACUGGGGGACUGAGGGACGAAGAGCACAUUAGGCUGGGAGUUCAAGACCAACCUAGGCAACACAAGACCCAGUCUCUAAAAAUAAACUCGAAGAUGCCAGUGGCUUCUAUGGUUUUCCCGUGCCAUUCCACCUCAAGCCUCCUUGGACAGCAGCAUUUUUGCGUCCGUCUUUACUUCGCACAGAGAGUACUUGGAGAGAACAUUUCUUAAAAUAGCAUACACUACCUAAGGCUGCACACAGUCUAGGUUUGCUCUUCAUGUAGCAGACUUGCCCCUUGCUAUCCUCUUUAUGGUCACUGCUGCAGAUGCCCUUCCCUCGGCUUAUUACCCUGUCUCCAGCCUGGGCCAUCUGCUACCGGAAGUCUGAAUGGCGGGUUUAAAAUAAUUCAGUCCUUACCACUUCUUUCACACAUGGUCUCAAGCUGCUUUGCUCCUGGUCUCUUAACAGUUCACGGGACAUGGUACCUUAGCAAAUAGGAUUGGGUUCGGUGUUUCUCUUAAAACUAAUGCACAGUACUUACUAAUGGCAUCCAUUUGAAUAAAGUGGCAAUAAAGCUAGUUAAUGUCAGUGACAUUAAGCCAACUCCAGGAUUCGGGAGUUCUAGCGUUAGGAUUUAGAUUUACCAGAUAGAGCGUGACUUCCUUCCUCCCUGUAGCCCAUCCCUGCUGCUGCCUUUCGUGGUCUGUCUUGCAGCCUACGAAGGCUCUGUCCAGCCUCUGUUCUCCUGUGCACCUGCCCCACCGGGCCACCAACUGUUUCAGAGUCUAGAGACCACGAGUUUUACUUCUGUGGUGUUGUACAAAGGUGGAGUUUUUGUUCUUGAAUUUUUUGUUUCUGAUUUCCGGGUUUUCUUAGUUACUAGCCAAUAAUACAGAAAAAGGUUGGACAGGGGCUUUUUCCCCCCCGAAAUUCAUUAAUACCUAAACUAGAUUAAUGUAAAAAUGCAAGUCCUAAAUCUUGAUAUUCCUGAAGGUUUGUAAUUCUACUGAAAAUAUAUAUAGAUUAAUUUCUGAACAUUUUUAUCACUCACCAUCUCUACCAUGGAGAAGCAUUAAAAACUACCAGGGAUCUGGUAAGGAGCUGGUGGCUGGGUGUUCUAUAUACAGAAUUUGGUUUUGUUUGGCUGCUUGGUUGGGUUUUCUCUCUCUCUUCACUGCUCCUCAUGCUUGUCCUCUAGUGCUUGGAGCAGGCCUGUAGGCCUCCAAAUGCAGACCUCAACUCCUCGUGUGUGUGUGUGUGUGUGUGUGUGUGUGUGUGUGUGUGUGUGUGUGUGUGUGUGUGUGUGUGGCAUUUGCACCAAUGUCUAAUUACAUCUGCAAAAUUUUCCUCUCCAGGGGUUUGGACUAACACCUCACAUGUAUAUUUCAAAACAAGAUGCUUCUAGUGAUCCCCCUCCCUGCCAACAAGAGCAGGCUUAUAUUUACUUCAGGAACAGCUGGUAUUUGAAGUGAUUCUAAAGUAUGGUAUACAAUAUUACGGCCCUGAGAGAUCCAAGAAAUAACCAGAGCAAAAAAAAAAAACUAUUUUAUGCAAAAAAAAAUUUUGCUCAGAUACGAGAGAAACUAUUUCUGGAUGCUAUAUUGUCAGGUUUUUAAAUGAGUAGUGUUCUUUGAAAAAGGACCUAAGUGUCUUCACCCACUAGGGGUUUCAAGAAAAUACCCCUAGUGAAAUAGCCCCAUAUACCAAUGAUUUGUAUCUUAAAGAGACUGUUUACACAUUAAAAGCCGAUUUUGUAUGCAGAUGAAGGGCCCCUUUGGUUAUGUUCAAGGAGCCAUUCAGAAGUUCUUCCUUUACUAUUUAUUGGUGAACGAUCUGACACUAUUUCUCUUUUAUUUAAAAACAAUGUUGAUAUGAUCAAAAUAUGACCACUAUAAACGCUGAGGGGCGUGUUUAAAGAGCAUAAGCUGACAUUGUGAAGGAACACCAUACUAGACUUUUUGUAAAUUUAUUUUAUAUUUAAUGGAAUGCAGUAUAACGGCUGGUGAAGUGUAUUAUAAUUGUGUAAACAAAUCCUGUUAAUAGAGAGAUGUACAGACUCAUUUUGUACUGUAUCUUGAAACUUGUGAAAUAAAGAUCCCAUCUCUGGCUA